GCCAUAUGUAUAGAGUCGCCAAGGCUAACUGCAUGAUUUUCGCACCUCGUCGACUGAUCUAUAUACAGGUUAGCGGCUGAUCUUCACAUCUCGGCAACUAAUAUUCACAUCUCGGCAGCUGAUCUUCCCGAGGUCAAUGCCCUGGACAACACAUUCCACCAGAAGGUCGGUCUGCCUCUAGACCCGUCAUCGCGAGGCGCUCAGGUUCACUUCUAGAAGCAGGCAGAGAUGACAAGGGAGAGCUCACUCAGAAAGCGGGCGGAUGCCGAACGUAUGUUGCCGACUGCACCACCAGAGGUCGCUCACAGACUAGAUGCGUCGGACGACACUACGACCGCGUCUGCGGGAGAUUGCGUCAAUCCAAGCGACGAAUCGACGAAACUGAUAGGCAUCGAAGGCCGCUGGUAUGACGUCACCAAUUUCACGGCCUUCCAUCCCGGCGGUGAGAUCAUAGAGCAGUUCGUCGGCUGCGACGCGACGGCCGCGUUCCACGCCUUCCACCAGGGUCGUAACGUGUUGAAGCACCGGAGACCGGUCGGCUCCUACACGCCCGACGACAGCGACCCUGCGCGGCGGGCGUUCGAGAAUCUCCGACAGUACUUCGACAGGGAGGGCUACUUCCGCGCCAGCUGGCGGUGGUACCCGGCAAAGUUCGCCGUCAUCGCCGCGCUGCUGGCCGCGGCGGUGUACGCGAUCGCGUGCCGCCAGGAGGCGCUGGCGCACGCCUGCGGCGGGCUGCUGCUGGCAUCAUUCUGGCAGCAGUGCGGGUUCCUCAUGCACGACGCCAUGCACACGCAUCUGACCAACGUCCGGCGCAUCGACCACGCCGUCGGCGUCGUCGUCGGCACCUGCUGCAUCGGCAUCAGCGCCACCUGGUGGCGUGACGAGCACUUCGUGCAUCACGCGCUGACCAACGUCGUCGACUACGCGCGUCGCUUCGCCGACCCGCAGAUGUGGGAGGCGACGUGGGCGCAGGACGCCAAGCUGUUUCCGUACUUCGCCACCAGGUGGCAUCGCGCGGCCGUGCGCGUGCAGCAUCUCACCUUCGUGCCGCUGUGCGUGCUCGCCGGCCGCGUCGCCAUCGUCGUCGACAGCUUCUCUGGUCGGCGGCCCUGGUACGAGUGGCUCGCCGCUGCAGUGCACUGGGUGUGCGUCAGCUGGCUGCUAUCGACGUUACCUUCGUGGCGGGAGGCAUGCGUCGUGUACGGGAUCGCCUGCAUGGGGGAGGGCGUGCUGCACAUACAACUUCUCAUCAGCCACUACGCGAAGCCGUUUCGCGAGCAGCGGGUCAUGCAGCGCACCGACUUCUACCGCUUUCAGGUGGAAGCCAACAUAAACAUCGCCAACCCACCGUGGCUAGACUGGUUCCACGGCGGACUGAAUCUCCACAUCGAGCAUCACCUCUUCCCGAGAAUGCCCCGCUGUCACUUUCGUCGCGCCAGUCUACACGUGCGGAGGGUGUGCAAAGAACUGGGUAUCGUCUACGACGAGUGCUCGUGGACGGAUGCAGUGCGAAGAACUCUCACCAAACUGAAGACGAUGUCUGAACACUUCUCCCUGGAUCCUCGGUAGCCUGGAUCAUCUAUCCUUGAUAGCCUGCAUGCUUUAUCCUUGAUAGCCUGCAUACUCUAUCCUUGAUAGCCUGAAUCAUCUAUCCUUGAUAGCCUGCAUACUCUAUCCUUGAUAGCCUGCAUGCUCUAUCCUUGAUAGCCUGGAUCAUCUAUCCUUGUAGCCUGAAUGCUAUAUUCUUGAUAGCCUGCAUGCUUUAUCCUUGAUAGCCUGCAUGAUCUAUCCUUGAUAGCUCCAAGAAACGGUAUUGCUAUGGUUAAUAAAAUACCGUAUAGACAAUCCGUCGCACAGCCUGGUCGGGCUAUAUCUUUGAUAGCCUGCAUGCUCUAUCCUUGAUAGUCUGGAUCAUUUAUCCUUGAUAGCCUAUCUAUAUAGAUAAUGAGUCUAUCAGAAAAAAGUCAAAUCAACCAACCAAUCGGCAUUGCGAGGUUGUUGCCAAUCAUAGUUGUGAUAGAGCGUUCUAAAACUAUGUUUGGCAGCGAAGUGCCACAAAGUCGCGUGCAUGCGUGAGUAACGCGUAUAAUGCGACUGACCUAGAAAGUUCAAACGCAGCAUGCAUGGCUAUCUCGCUCAUACAGAUGGGUACAUCGUUGGGCAGCCGUCGACAGGGCGGUAUUAUUAUACUGGUAUUCUUUGCUUGUGCAGAGAACAUACCGAAUAAACCUCAAUCGGAAAGUACGUUCACUUCGCGUUCUUUCUUAUUGAGAUUAAAGACUUUGAAAAAAUCAACGCGGAGAAUAAUUGGAUUGGUGCGAUCGGCGGGCAAAAAGAAAUAUAUUUCUUACAACUGCUGGCGCUGAAGUUUUCAUGCUACCUAUUUAAUAUAGAAACAUGCACAAAUUUAUAAUUGUUGUCUGUUUUUAU